AAGUCGAGAAAUAAAAAAGAAAAUAGAAUCGUGUUGUCGGUGCCGACAGCAGAACAAGGAAGACUCUUCCUCCUUUGCCUUUCCCUCGUCAACUUACGAGGUACAUGCAGAGAAGAGCCAGUCAGGCCAGACAGUCGUUAUCGGACCAUUACAGGUGGGAGACGUGUGCAGUCGUGGUUGCAUAGCCCGCCAGACCACUUGAAUUUUAUCCAAAAUGACUCAAGUCUCACCGACUGUCGGAAACGACCCCUCUGAAAUGGUGAACAAGAAAUCGACCAACGGAGGACAACAACAACACACGAAUCCGGUGCCGGAACAAUUGAGGAUCAAGUGCGGCAAGAAACUUCACUGCCGGUACUGGGAGCCGACCGUGUCGCCCAGGGGACUGGUGAUGUUGAUUCACGGACUGGCGGAACAUUUGGGCUGCUACGACGAAUUGGGAUGCAGAUUGGCGGCUGAGAAUUUCCUCGCAUUCGGACACGAUCACGUUGGACACGGAAUGAGCGAUGGGCACCGCGUUCACGUCGAAUCCAUUGACGAAUACGUCACGGACAUCCUGAAUCACAUUCAACUGAUGCGAGAAGAGCAUCCGCAAAUACCCAUCUUUGCCGUCGGGCAUUCCAUGGGCGGAAUGAUUCUUCUAUCAGCUGCUCUGAAAGAGCCAUCGGCUUUUGACGGUGUCGUCCUGAUGGGUCCGUUGAUUUUCAUCGAUCCGGCUUUAGCCUCGCCCGUCAAACUCUGGGCGGCCAGAUUGCUCAGCCGCGUGACUCCACAGCUAGCGGUGAGUUCUUUGGAUGUCGCAGACAUUACCAGCGAUGAAGCAGAACAGGAACUGAUCAAAAACGAUCCAUUGAUCUGGCAUGGCGGAGUCAAAUGCAAGUGGGCUACGGCUACUCACGAAUGCCUUGUCGAAAUUAAUAAGAAGCUUACGUCGAUGAAGGUGCCCUUCGCGGUCCUCCACGCCGAACAGGACAAACUCUGCAACGUACAAGGCUCUCAUGCGCUCUUUGAAAAAGCUCAAGUCAAAGACAAACAUCUGAAAGUUUAUCCGAAUGGACGUCACCACCUCUAUCGUGAAACUCAAAUCAUUCGCCAGGAAGUAUUGGACGACACAGUUUCAUGGAUCUGUCAGCGUGCUCCCAGUCGGACUUAAGUUUUUAAUUUUUCAAACUUUAUUCCCAUCAGCUUUUUUUUGCAGAAUUUUUUUUCGCAAAAAAAUGGGCUCUUUCCUAAUUCGCAAAAUAUUCCCUUCCUCCCACAUUCCGCUAUGUUUAUGCACAGAACGAAGAUAAGGGACAACAGAAAAAAUUCCAAAUAAUACUUUGUGUAUCAAAAAUUUUAAAAUUGGUUGUGGAUUUUUAAGAUUUUAGAAAAUAUGAGUGGAACGUUCGAA